UGUUUCCCGUUCGAAAUCGGGUGGCGAGUCGGUCGGUGGUGGACGGACGGAGGGAUGGGGAGAGCAACGGUGAGAGAGCGAUACGAGAAAUUAGGGCUGGCCGAGGCCCUCUCGCGUGCCCACGAUUACCCGUCGGCGUGCCACGAGCUGGGCCUCAUCCUGCGCCUCGCCUACGCGGAUCUCCCCAAGAACCUCCAAUCCGUCGUCUUCCAGGAUACCCUCUCCGCCUUCCGCCUCCUUCCCGAAGUGCAAACAGGGCAUGGGUUAUCUUCAGCCAACGUUCUUCUCCAAGCAGCAGAAGUUGCAUUGCCCAAGCAAAAAAAGGCACUAGCUGUUUCAGAGUUCAAGCAUGCUGCUGUUGCACAUAAAAGGCGCUCCAGAGCUCACCAUGAUGGAGGUUCUGUCAUCUUACCUUAUGAUCUUCUUGUUCACAUCUUCAGUUUUCUGGAUUUGCGGUCUCUAGCAUCUGUUGGUUUAGUAUGCUGGGCAUGGAACACAGCUGCAAUUGAUAACGGGUUAUGGCAGAUGCUGUACAGCAACCUAUUUGGUAAUUAUAGCACCUGCACAAGUAAAGAGCAGGACCGCAAACUAGUACCUGAUGGGAAAGAUGUGGUUUUUCAUGGAGGCAUGGGAGUGGAUCCAACAAUCAAUAUUAACUGGAAAGAGGCAGUUAGAAGAAAAUGUGAAGGUGUCUCGUCUUGGAAGUUUUUACCAAAUCGUGUAGUAUGUGGACAUUGUCAAUCAAUAAUUUGGUCCAGUGGGAUCACAUGUCGUACUUCGCAUGAGUGUUCAAAGAUAGGGAAUCAGAAGCUAAACAUAAGGCCUAUAUCACCUUGUAAGGUUGUGGAGUACCUGCUGGGUGAGAUCGAGUUAGCAGUGAUGUCUUCCGAUACGGAUGACAGCGACUCCGAUGGACCCUCGCCGAGCACACAGCAUCUUCCCAGAUUAUGGGCGUACCCAAAGCUUUCUAGUACCAACUAACACCACCUUUCCAUUACUUGCUCCAAGUAAUUUAUGAAAUUGCGAGGAUUAGAAAUUUAUGAAAAUAAUUUUCAUGGUGUUUGCUGAGUAAAUAUCGAUGUAAUUGCCAGGAUGAUAUGUUGCUUAUUCCAUCAGAAUCCUCCUCUCAUGUACAGUAAGCCACUGGACAUUGUGCGAUACAUAUUAGCAUCUCCCAACGGAGCCAUAUGUUAUAUAUAGAUAUCUGGCAAAUGCUAGAUCCUUCCUUUCUUA